CCGGCCCCGCCGGCCGAGGGCCUGAGGGAAGAGGUGGGGAGCCGGGCGGCCCGCCCUCCGCGCGCAGCCUCCAGCCCCGCGGCGGGGCGGCAGGCCGCGCCUGCUCCUCCAGCCCCGCCGCCGGGGAGGGGUUUCCCGGGACGAGCCGGCCCCUUUCAUCCAGGAAGUGAAAGCGACGUCGGGGUCAAUGAAAACAAACGGGGAGCCCGGGGGGAAGGAAGGCGGGCGCGGACGAGGGAGCGCUGAGGCGCGGGAGGGAGCAGCCGGGCCGCCGAAGCGCCAACGGGAGGCCGACCGCGGCCGCGAAUUUGCCGUCGCCCUCGCCGCCGCGGCGGCUUGCCCGGGGAUGCCUGAGCCCACACCUCGCGGCCCCCCAGCUCCACGCGGCGGCCGCCGUCCCGGCCUCUAAGGGCCGCCACGUCCCGGCGGCGCGCGCGGGCGGACGGCGGCUUGGUGCCGGCUGGGGGCGCCCGGGGAGGGUCGGGGCGGGCCGGGAGGGGCUGCCCAGGCUCAGCGCCUACUCCAUCACCGCUGCCGGCGCCGGGCCGGGAGGAUGCGCGGCGCCGGGCUCUGAAGCAUGGAGGGGGUUCUGUACAAGUGGACCAACUAUCUCACAGGUUGGCAGCCUCGUUGGUUUGUUUUAGAUAAUGGAAUCCUGUCCUACUAUGAUUCACAAGAUGAUGUUUGCAAAGGGAGCAAAGGAAGUAUAAAGAUGGCAGUCUGUGAAAUUAAAGUCCAUUCAGCCGACAACACAAGAAUGGAAUUAAUCAUUCCAGGAGAGCAGCAUUUCUACAUGAAGGCGGUGAAUGCGGCUGAGAGACAGAGGUGGCUGGUUGCUCUGGGGAGCUCCAAAGCGUGUUUGACUGAUACCAGGACUAAAAAAGAAAAAGAAAUAAGUGAAACCAGUGAAUCUCUGAAAACCAAAAUGUCUGAACUUCGCCUCUACUGUGACCUCCUAAUGCAGCAAGUUCAUACAAUCCAGGAAUUUGUUCACCAUGAUGAGAACCAUUCAUCUCCCAGCGUAGAGAACAUGAAUGAAGCCUCUUCUCUGCUUAGUGCCACGUGUAAUACAUUCAUCACAACCCUUGAGGAGUGUGUGAAGAUAGCGAAUGCCAAGUUUAAACCUGAGAUGUUUCAGCUGUCCCAUCCGGAUCCCUUAGUUUCUCCUGUGUCACCUUCUCCUGUUCAAAUGAUGAAGCGUUCUGUCAGCCACCCUGGUUCCUGCAGUUCAGAGAGGAGUAGCCACUCUAUAAAGGAACCAGUGUCUACACUUCACCGACUCUCCCAGCGACGCCGUAGAACCUACUCAGAUACAGACUCUUGUAACGAUAUUCCUCAUGAAGACCCAGAUAGACCUGUUCACUGUUCAAGAAAUACACUUAAUGGAGAUUUGGCUUCAGCACCCAUUCCUGAAGAAAGCAGGCUUAUGGCCAAAAAAAAUUCUGGCUCGGAAGAUCCUCUUCCAUCCUUCUCUUCCUGAGGAAACGGAAGUGGCCAACUUCCUCUAAGUAUUGCUAUGCAAAAGCUGCUGUAAUUAAACUAUGUUAUAGGGAGUAGUUUUUCCCUUAGGAUUUCUCUGCACUUUAUAGAAUAUUGUAAAACAAACAAACAAAAACAACCCACAUACCUUUGAAGUGUAUUUUAUCUUUAUAUAGUUUAUUUGCAAGAGUAUUUUCCUAAUAACUUCACGGUAUGAAUGUGCAUCUUUUUUUUUUUUAAACAAAUGAUAGUGUAACAUUUUGACAUUCAUAAGGACAAAUGUAGAUAUUUUUAUAAAAAACUGUGAGGGACUGACAGCUUAGUCAGUGUGUAUUGUAGCUGAUAAACAUGAAAUCUUAUAAACAUAAGUUUUCAGUUUGACAGAAGUGUGAUAUGUGUAACUUGUGCCAUGGACCAAAUGGUCACUGUACCCCAGCUAAAAAUGAGUUACGAUAGCAGCUUGAUGGUGAUUGUAUUGUAUUCCUUUAAGCAAAAAGGAAACAUUUAAUAUUCUAAACAUUUUAGCCCAAAUGCCAUGACAUUGAGGAUUUUUAAAACACCAGACUGUGCUGUCCUUCAUACAUGAAGUUGACACUACUGAUUUGUCAAUACCAAAUGUUGGGUUAAAGUAUUUAAUUUUUAUUUAUUUAUUUUUCUGUUGCAUCAAAACAUGAUUACAUCCUAACGUUUAUGACCUACCAAAUUUAAGAUGUGUAUACAUUGUUAUUUUCAUGGUUCUAGAAUAGAAGUUAAUGUUGUAGUGACCUUGCUCACUUACACCAGAGAAAUAAACAACUUUCAAUGGAAGAGGAUUUUAGUGCUUUUUUCCUAAAAUAGACAUUAAGCUGCUGUUGUAAGGUAUUAAUGUUAGCAGCUCUUUAGAAUAUCUAGGGACAUUUUUUAUUUAUGAAUAUUUAUACAAAAAAGGAAUUCUGUCAAGGCGACUGCUCUACAUCACUUGAGAAUGGCAUUAUUUAAUUAAAGAACAAACAGCAUUUGUUGGUAGUGCCUGUCCAUAGCUAUUGUCAGUGUUUGCCUUGUAAGCUGUUUUUUUAAAAUUCACUUUAGAGUGACAGUUUUGUCCAAGGUCUUGGAUGAGGAGCACUUUAAAACAAACUGGUUUGGUGUUUUUAAGUUAAUCAUAUGUUUAAUAAAUAUGUGGUUUUUGCAUUCAAACUCAUCAUAUAAUACAUUGUAUUUUUUACAUUUAUUGAUAUUCUGUCUAAUCUUUAUCAAGUGCUAAUAGUGUUCUUUAUUGCUUUGAUUUUGUUUGUAUAUUUGGACCUCAUAGUGAAUACACAAAUGAGGCAUGUUUUUAGUUUUGUUGCCUAUGAGCUUAGAAUAAUGUGGCUUAUUUCACUUUAAAUUUCUCUUGUAAGUUUGUGUGGGACUCUUUUUUUAAGAGUUAACAUUUGAUAUUUACUUUACUGAAAUAAAUCUGUAAUUAUAAGCUUUCUUUCUUAGGUUUAAAAUGGACAUAAAUAAUUAUCUACAUUAAAAUGCAUUUAGAGAAACUGUAUGCUACUUAAAGUAUUUGUGAUUUUAAAUAGCACACAGGUCAUUAGACUAUAUUAAGUGGAAGCUUUUUCUACUCAUAUAUUGUACUCAUAUGUCUAACUUGAGAAAAUAAGAAGUUUGAUAAUGUGGUAGGUUUUCAUGUUGAACAAGUAAUCAGAUUUUUUGCUUCUUUUUUUUUGGUAGUAAGAACUUAUGUAGUGAUAAGACCAUGAAGGUCAAGGUGCUACUCAUGGGGAGUUUUUCUGGUAGUUUUUUUUGAACUGAUAGGUUUAUAAUGAAAACACCCUAACAAGCUUUUGAACUCAUGGAAAAUAAAUCUGUUUUCUAUUGCUUUAUCCAAAAAGAUGAGUUCCUGAACAGUUUUGUAUAAAUAUUUUUUUUAAAUAAAAUGCAGUCAUUUCUGUUUCAUAUCAUUUUUUUCCCCUUGAAACAGGUGCUUUGAACAGUUUUGCUAGAUUCCUCAGUAUGGCUUUUAUUGUGACUUGGAGCCACUUUUUUUCCCUUUCACACAUUGUGAAAUCAUUUUUUUUGAGGGGAUAUAAAUGUAUCUUGAAUUCUAUCCAGAUUUUGAUCAGUGAAUUGGUAGCAUGAAGCAACCUUUAAAGCUUCAGGGAACCUUGCAUUUUGAGGAGUCCUGUGUAAUUUCAAGUGUGCCUGGCUUUUCUGAAUUUUAAGAAAAAGAUGAACCAAAUAAGACUAAUUCUGUAAGAAUUUUCGCUUGUCGGGAUUUUCUGUAGUGUGUCACUGUUGCUUGUUCCUGUUUUGCUUUGUCUAGGCCGUGGGGUUAUUGAGAAAUGUGGAGACUGUUGGUGUAUCAGUGAUCUCCUAGGCAAAACCAGUGCUUGCUUUUCUUUUCAAGUGCCUGGUUUCUGUUGUGUGGAAAUCGCAGGCCUCCCUGAUUAAAGCGACUUGAUGACAGUUCUUUUGUAAAUGGACCAAAUUUGAACGUUGUUAUUAUCAUAUUGAAUUAUUGUGUUAUCUUCAAUCAGGGCAAGUCCAGAAAUGGACACUAUUGCUUAAACUUAAAUUCCAUGGCAAGAGGUAAAGAAUCUUCAUUUCCACAGUUGCCAUGGAACCUUUGACCCUGAAUUGUAGUUUUUCACUAUGUGUUAUUACAUUUGGUGUUUAGAAAUCAUCAUGAGAUCUCAGGAAAUGUAUCCUUGUAAUAUUACACUACUCUUUAUACUAAUCCCAUAUAUAUUAUCUCAGUAAUUUGGACUCUACCAAUCCUUUACUUCUUUUAUUAAAUGAAGUGCCUCUGGGUCUGUCCUUUGAGACUUGCUGUUGCCACUUGGUGCAGAGGGAGAGUCGUGGCCUGAAAGAAAGCCUGGUUAGGUGCAGGAGCUCCUUCGAGGGGGAGGUCUCUCUUUUAAUAGCCCUGGGGGGUUAAGUAAAUUGUAGCUGGUACAUAGGGCUCCUUUUCAUGUCUUUGCAGUUCCCCAAUCCUCCUUUCUUUGAAUUCAUACUAAAUUUGUAAGUUUAAAUUCUUUUAUUUUGUGAGGAAGAUUGGCCCUGAGCUAACAUCUCUUGCCAAUCUUCCUCUUUUUGCUUGAGGAAGAUUGUUGCUGAGCUAACAUCUGU